AUGUCGAAGCGCAAGCAUGUUACGCUUCCUAUAAAAAAAAAACUGCAAAUUUUAAAAGCAUUAGAUGAAGGUGAAUGCGUUACACAACUGGCAAUGCAAUAUGGCGUGGGCAAAUCGACUAUAUGUGACAUAAAGAAGAAAAGAUGCAGUAUUAAUCAAUAUCUGACAAAUGCAGACAAUGAAACACCUCAAAGGGAAACUCUUAAACUGUGUAAACACCCCGAAAUGGAACAUGCCCUUUUUAUAUGUAUUUUGCAAGAAAGAGCACGUCACACACCUCUUAAUGGCGAACUCAUCUGUGAAAAGGCUAAAUGGUUCUAUCAAAAACUCACCGGCAAAGACGAUUUUAACGCAAGCAGUGGAUGGUUACAUAAAUUCAAAAAACGACAUGGAAUUCGUCAGUUGCAAAUAACUGGUGAAAAGCUGUCGGCAGAUAAAAGUGCAGUUGAACCAUUCCGUCAAAAAUUUCUUGAUAAAAUCAAACAAAUGAAUUUAGUCCCCGACCAGGUAUAUAACGCUGACGAAAGUGGACUAUUCUAUAGGGUCCUUCCAAAUAAAACUUUAGCCCAUUAA